AUGAAUGAAUUUCGUUUUUCAAAGGCGAUACUUUCAAUUAUUCCAAAGUUUAAAUAUAAAAAUGAGAUUAAUCAUAUUCUUCAAUCUUUUGGCUAUCUUUUCUACAAGAUUAACGCUGAUUACACUAAAGCAAUACAAAAUCCUUAUUUGCAAAGCUUAUAUAAUAGUCCUCAAGGUCUUCUUCUUACUAAUUUUUUCGCAAUUAAUUCUACAUCUGAGAUCGAUUACAUUGCCUCAAUUUAUGGUUCAGCUCCUCCUAGUAUCACGACGACCAGUGGACAUUAUAAUCUCACUGGAUGCAACAUAGUUGACCUUCUUGAGAACAAAGGUAUCACUUGGAAAGCUUACCUCGAGAAUUAUAACUGCGGUGCCUGUUAUACUGGCGACUUUUGUCCUUCUGGCACUGAUCUUUAUACGAGAACGCAUAAUCCUUUUAUUAGUAUGACAGAUAUAAACUCAAAUCCUGCACGUUGCGCUAAACUAAUGGAUGCCUCCCAACUUGAUACUGACAUAAGUAAUAAUCAAGUACCACAAUUUGCUUAUUACGUCCCAAACCAACUUGAUGAUGGCCAUGAUACUAGUUUAAACUAUGCGAUGAAUUGGUUCAAAAGCUGGUUUGAAGUGAGACGAAAUAAUCCUAGCCUUACCACAAACACAUUAUUUGUCAUUGUUUGGGACUAUGGGCAACAACAAAUCACAUUCCCGUCAUUCUUUAUGGUACUCCAGUAA